AUGUCUACCACAGACCGAAAGCGCAAGUGGGACCAACCGGGGGAUGAGGAUACACCGUACAAGAUUCCGAAGAGGGAAAGCGCUCCUGCCGUAAAUGACGAGGAAACGGAGGGGCCAAAAUCAGCCGAGGCGGCGUCUGCAGCGGCCGCUAUUGCUGCAAAAAUUGCUGCACAAUUCUCUGGAGGAGGGGGUGGGGCAGCUGCAGCUAUUCACGACCCAUUUGACGGCGAAUUCACGAAGAAUAUCGAGAUCAACGAUCUGCGCAAUCGGUAUGUGCUCACGAAAGGUACCACCCAGCAGGAGAUUUCUGUUGAAACGGGUGCAUCGGUUACAACUAAGGGAACGUGGUAUCCCGACAAGACGAAAGCUAGCGAGCGCGAUCCGCCGUUGUACCUCCACGUGUCAGCCAAGACGAAGGAGUCUUUGGACCGGGCAGUGGCCAAAAUUGAUGAGCUGAUGAACCAGGAAUUGGGUCCUCUUGUAGAAGAUCGUCGACGGGAUGAACGUCGUGAAAGGAGAAAAUGGCCGGAAGAGAAGUUGCCCAUCGGACUGGCUGUCUUACGCAACUUCAAUGUGCGUGCCAAGGUAGUCGGCCCUGCUGGAGCGUUCGUCAAGUACAUUCAGCAAGAGACCCAGACCCGUGUUCAGAUCAAGGGACAGGGAAGUGGCUUCUACGAGACCGAGACUGGACAGGAGUCCGACGAACCCAUGCAUAUCCACUUGACGGGCCCAGAUGAGGGACAACUAGCUCGCGCGAAGGAGCUCGCAGAGGACCUCCUUAUAGUCGUCCGGGAAGAGCAUGCAAAGGCACAGACCGCUCUGAACCAGCAACAGAUAGGCCAAAUGGGCUAUUAUCCGCAGCAGCAAGGGUAUGGGGCCGGCUACCCGCCCCCGCCGUCGGACGCACCUCCCCCUCCUCCGGACGCACCUCCUCCCCCUCCCCCAGAGGAUGGCGCCCCACCCCCGCCACCUGGUGCUCCUCCAGCAGCGCCUCCACCCCCGGAUGGCAUGGCUGGUGCCGCCGCCACCGCUGGUGCACCUGCCCAAGGUUCACAGGACUACACUGCCUAUUGGGCCUCCCUUGGUUACGAUGUCAACUCGGAGCAGUUCAAGCAGUGGCAGGCUCAGCAGCAACAGCAAUAUGCUCAGUACUAUGCCCAGUAUGGCACAGCGCCCACCGGCCAGCAGCCUCCAUCAUGA